ACGGCCGGUGACACGUGACUUUUGACCGCUGAUAUGACAUUGACUGUCUUGGUCAAGAAAUUGACAACAAAUUCUACUUUUUAAAUACCAUUGUGAAAAUUAUUGUUGAAAAUUGAACACUUGUACAUUUUGCUGGUGAUUUUUAAAUUGCUGGUAUUUACUUAAUCAACUGAAAAUUUCGUUCAUUGUACAGUACUAGCCUAAAUGCUAGCCACAAAAGUGGAACCUGGAGGUACAAUUAUACAAGUAUAAAUGUAACUAAAGUUGUGCUCGUAAUCAAACUUCACUGAAACUAUAAUAAACGCCCAUCGUGGGCUGUAUGUAAAAGUGGCAUCUUUAUUGAGCUCUCGUUGAUAUGCAUGUAAUUGUUGAUGUUUACUACUAGAUGCACGGUAUUUGCUUUGAGGCAUAGUGCGUCACAAAAAAUUUCGUCAGCAGCGAGUGUGAGGAAAGAAGACCAGCGCCAUAGCCCCGCCCCCAGGUCCAGCGUACGACCAGGCUAAAUCACCAGCUCAUUUGGCCGAACUGUUCCCUUGAUAAACAAGAACAAAUCAUGCACUUCUCAAUCCCUGACACUCAAGAUAUUAACGAGGGGAAUAGUAAUUAUACCAGUUACAAUCUUCAUGUGAAUGGUGUUUUCCACUGCUCACUGCGUUUCUCCCAGCUUCAUGACUUUCAGGAGCAAGUCAAAAAGGAAUUCGGUACAUCCUUCUUAGGAACCCACAAGUUCCCUCCAAAGAAGCUGCUACCACUAACGCCGUCACAAGUGGAAGAAAGAAGACAAAAACUGGAGAAAUACAUUCAACUCGUCAGUCAAGAUCAGAAGAUUGCCAAUAGUGACCUCUUCAAUGGCUUCCUGCUUAGUGCCCAAAAAGAAACUCGGCGUGAGACCCCCAUGGAAGCCAAACUUGAUGUGUACCUGAUGAACGGACACAAGAUUACUGUCAACAUUAUGUCAACAGACCAGACUGAUGAUGUGUUAGAGGUUGUUGCAUCUGAGAUUGGUUUAAAGUCAGACUUUGUUUACUACUUCGCUUUGUUCCUUGUCAUGAAAGACGAAGAUGAUGAACGAGGAACAAUUGUUCGUCGUGUACAAGAUUUUGAAUCACCUUUUAUCUCUCUGAAGUCUGCUGUUGGCAAGAACAAGAUUGUCCUCCGCAAGAAUUACUGGGAUGCCACAUAUGACGAUGAUUUGAUACAGGACAGUGUAGGCCUUCAGCUUUUAUAUGUACAGGUGCUUAGUGAUAUUGAGAGAGGAUGGGUGCAAGCCAGCAUGGAUCAGAUCAAGAGAUUGGAAACACUCAAAGCUAAGGGUUCACGCAAGGAGUAUUUGCAGUUUGCCAGGACACUGAAGGACUAUGGUUUCAUCCAAUUCAAGCCUUGUGUGGUUGAUUACCCAGCACCCAACACACCAGCUGUUAUCAGUGCUGGAAACCGAGAGUUGGUCUUCAGACUUCGAUUAGAGGACGGGGCAAUUAAAGAAGGCACCUUCAAGAUAACACGUAUGAGAUGUUGGAGAAUUACCUCAGUCAACCAAGGGGAUGAUGCCAAGGUUGACCCAACCCACCUGGAGCUAGCCUUUGAAUACCUCAUUGGCAGAAACAAACUGCAGUGGAUCACAAUGACGAGUGACCAGGCUAUCCUGAUCAGCCUCUGCCUGCAAGACAUGGUAGAUGAACUACUACUGAAGAAGAGAGGGGGUCGUAUUAAGAAGCCACAAGACAGAGUGAAAGGACCAGAGAGGCAGUUUAAGGCCAAAGAUGGUGGAGUCAUUGUGGCCUCUUCAACCUCUACCCCAGGGCAGUCUGAUCCCACCACACCACCACAGACUUCCACAGACACAAGUCCAUCUAAGACAUCCAAGACUAAGGGAUCCGUCAAGAAAAUCUCAGACAAGUUACAGUCAGUCGUCGUAUCACCGAAGCAGAGUACACCAAAAUCAGUGGUCGAGAAUGACAUCUUUGAUGCAGGAAUUGGCGAAGAUGACUUGUAGAAGUCUACUCAAGAGUUGUAGCAACAGAUGCUGUGAAAGGCUUGCGAUCAGGGCACAAGAUGGCUCACUUGUGUAUUUUUGCAUGUAAGAUUUUAUGUUUUCAGUGUGUCCAGAUUUCAAACACUCAUUGCUUACUGUAUAAUUCUACUUGUACAUGCAUGUAUAUGGCUCUAUGAGUCUACAGAAAGUGUUCUCUACUUAAGUGAUGUAAGCAAGCAUUAUUAUUGCAUGUUGGAUACAGCUUGCCAUCAAGGGGAAAGAAAUAUAAAAGACUAGAAGUUCUUUCUUUGUUUUCAUGUGUUCAGAAGUGGCAAGUGGUAAAGGCAUCCUGUGGCUUCUACAAAAUGUUGGUGUAUUUUUGUAUUUUAUUGUAAAUUACCUUGAGAACUUUUGUGUUACAUACAACCGAAUGUUCUGUUCCGAAACUUGAUUUCCACCGUAUUGUUCAAGUACGCCUAGCAUUAAUACAGGCAUUAUGUUCUUGACAGAGUAAUAACUGAUUUUUCCUGCCACAUCAGCUCACAGAUUUUAAGUACUAAAAAGUAAUGUUUGGAAAUCUUUAGAUUUAUCUGCAGUAAAGCACAACUGUUUUCAUUUUAUGCCUAUCACUUGUAUAAACUAGGGACUGAAAUAAGACUUUGUCCAAAAGCGGCCAUUGCCACUAGCUUGUGGCUAGUUGCAAUUAUUCCCCAUACACUGGGAUAACUCCUAGCAUGAUUAAUUAAUUUAGAUACAGCUUAAUUCUUUUGGAGUGACAUGAUACACACUUGAGUUAUUUGUCCCCUCAAAUCAUGGUCAAAAGAUAAGUCUUCCAGUCAUUGCCGAUGUCUUGCUGCAUGCUUCAACAAAUCAUCAAAAGUCACAAUUUGCAUGACUGUUUUGUAUCGUUUUUAGUGAUUUCAUCCAGGUAUCUGCUGUCAUGCUAAAUGCCACCAGAGUUCUGUUGGAUUUGGUGAAAUUCAUAUGUAAAUGUUGAAUAUAAUAGUAAUUACUGGAGGAAUCCAAACUAUAGUGUAGGGAUGAAAGCAAGGUUUUUGAGAACCAGAAUUUUGACAUUUUAGAUAUCUGAAACUUUGUACAUGAAGCAGAAAAUGGACUCGGACACCUUGUAAAAGGCUGUCUAAAAGAAGGCCAGAAGCUGAAGAGAAAUGAUCAGGGAUUUUAAAACUGGAGUUUUUAAGUGGCCAUAAGUUAAGGUAUAUAGAUUAGAGAAGCAGAAGAGAAAAGAGGCCAAAUGCAGCCCAUGUUGAAGUUUUGAAGGCAUGACCAAAACAUUAGUUUUGUGCCCAACAGAGGAUGUCCACCGAAAAUCAUGUACAAAAUACCUUGAUACAUAUUCGAAAAAGUAUCAUAAGCACUAUUUUUCAAGGAAAGGGCGAGUUUCCAUUUCAAGAAAUUGACCGUUUGGCUUCCAUAUAUUUAUUUUUUGUAUUCGCAUAUACCUUUAAGGCAAUAAGGAGAUGUUUCAAUAGAACUCUCUUCCAAAUUAUUUCUCAUUGGAAUUUGUCAUCUCAGCACAGGAUAUAAACUGCUCAAUACUGAGAAGUUGUAUUGGCAAGUGAUUUUUAUAAUUAAAGCCAAGCACUAAAACAAUCACCAAAUAUCUGGCUAGUAUUUUUAUUCAUAUAUUGCACAUAGAAUUGCUCAUAUUGUAAAGUGUAUCAUUCCUGUUUUGUUCAGAGUGAUUCUGCAUUUAUUUGUAUCAGUAACUGGCAAAGCAAAAGUCACUGCAAAAAUAAUACAUCACUAAAUUACAUAAAUGGAUUUGGAGGACAUCAAAGUCCCUAUGGCUAAAUUUGCAAUUGUAUACAAGGUUAGGCAAAACCAAACAACUUUUAAGUGGAACAAUAAAUGAAGUCACGUGUAAAGGUUUAUGUGUUCCAACCCAUUUGGUCACAUCACAAAAUAUCCCAAACUUCCACAAUAAGCAAAACACCUGAAAUUCAUGAUGAGAUCAGUGCUGUUGAUAACAGUUUGAUUCACAGAUAUUACUAUUUAGAAUAAAUAUUACAUUUUUUAUAAUUUGAAGAAUUCAAUAAAUGAACUUGUUCUUAAAUCAGAUUGAAUAAUCAAUGUAAAAUGCUUAUUUUAUUAAGUAGGUUUACUAUAGUUAAAAGUUGCAUCAUUGUAAUUUUUAAUAUUGAAAUUUUUCUGCAGCAUAUUUUGAUGAAAUGCAGUUAUAAAUAAAAGUCAACAAGCUUCCAGCUGA